AUGAGGUGGCAGCGACUACUGCCAGCGGUACAAGCGGAUGCUUUGUCUCGAUCGUGUGUACGGUACAAGCGCACGAGUGCCAAAUGUGCGCGUGCAAGUGCUAAUGCUGCGGCUAUUGGCUCCGACCGUCACAUGGCGUUGACAAUGGCGAUUCGGCAGAUUGAGAGCAGCUUUGGUAAGGGCGCCGUGAUGCAAUUGGGAUCGACGAAAAUCGCAGAGCGCGUCGACGUGAUUUCGUCGGGCUCCUUAUCGCUCGACGUGGCUCUGGGUAUUGGUGGAAUACCGAGAGGACGAGUGGUGGAGAUUUACGGCCCUGAAAGCUCGGGCAAAACCACAUUGGCACUGAGCUGUAUUGCUCAAGCCCAAAAGACAGAGGGCGGUGUGUGUGCCUUUAUUGACGCAGAGCACGCGAUUGACGCGCACUACGCCAAGGCGUUGGGUGUUGAUAUCGACGCUCUAUACGUCUCGCAGCCUGAUUCUGGAGAAGAAGCGCUGGAGAUUGCUGACACGCUCAUCAGAUCUGGGGCAGUGGACCUUGUUGUGCUGGACAGUGUCGCGGCGCUCGUGCCCCGAGCGGAGCUGGAAGGCGAGAUGGGGGACCAGCAAAUUGCUCUGCAGGCACGCCUGAUGAGUCAAGCUUUGCGUAAGCUGACGGGUUCGCUGUCCAAGUCCAAUUGCACCAUCAUAUUUUUGAACCAGAUUCGGCAAAAGGUGGGUGUCAUCUUUGGGUCACCCGAGGUAACGUCGGGUGGAACGGCGUUGCGCUACUACGCUUCAGUACGGCUGGAUAUCCGCCGCAAGACGGCGAUCAAAGAGGGCGAUCAGGUCGUCGGCAAUGAGACGGUGGUCAAGGUGGCGAAAAACAAACUUGCGUCGCCUUUCAAGGUCGCUAACUUUGACAUGAUGUUUGGACACGGCAUUGAUCGCCAGUCGGAGCUGCUUGACUUGGGCGUUCAGCAUGGCCUGUUGAAGCGCUCGGGUGCGUGGUACAGCGUCGCGGGGAGUGCCGAACCGAUUGCCCAGGGCAAAGCCAAAGCCAAAAUGUACUUGCAGGAACACCCAGAGAUCGCGAAAGACCUGGAAGCAAAGUUGCGUCACAUGAUUUUUGAGCCGAGUGGAGCUGAGGAAGAGGUCGGAGACGCUGGCGUCGGACUGGACCUCGAUGUGGAUGACAAGAACGAGUCUUCUGUCUCCCGCAUUGAGGAAGAGGUCGGAGACGCUGGCGUCGGACUGGACCUCGAUGUGGAUGACAAGAACGAGUCUUCUGUCUCCCGCAUUGAGGAAGCUGACAUCGGCGACAGUGACAGCAGCAGUGACGAUGCAAGAAACAUGUGA